AGCCGACGUGAUACCUGCUUGCAAACCUUGUUUAUAUGACGUGACCUACAAUGGUUAGCAGUGCAACUUACCUGAAGAUUUCGUCGUUUUUUUAAAUAAAAAACCAAGUGCCGCAUAAGUCUGAACGCGCAGUAUUUUUGAUCUGCCAAUGAAUCUCGCUUUCAGGAUCUCCUCCAACAAGUAUUAUGGUCAUUGCCGCUUUGAAGCGUCACCAUAUUGACUUGCUGUGGAGGUUAAGCCCCCGGUGAUCCUGUUAAAGUAGUUUCUGGAUCAUCUUUGUGAUAGUAUUCUCUGAGAAAUGGCGGUCGUUAUUGAAACUACUGCUGGAGACUUCACUGUUGACCUCUUUAUUGAUCAAAGACCACAAACAUGCAAAAACUUUUUAAAGCUGUGCAAAAUCAAGUACUACAAUUUCUGUCUAUUUCAUUCGAUUCAACACAACUUCAUUGCUCAAACGGGAGACCCAACUGGAACAGGAAAGGGUGGAGAAUCUGUGUUUGGAAAAACUAUUGGUGAAAAAUCCCGUUACUAUGAAGCAGAACAGAUACCGAAGAUCAAGCACUACAAAGCAGGGCUUUUGUCAAUGGUCAACUGUGGAGACAACAUGCUGGGAUCGCAGUUCUUCAUCACUCUUGCCAAUGAUCUGCAGUCUCUUGAUGGGGAACAUUGUGUCUUUGGUGAGAUCACUGAAGGUGAAGAAGUAUUGUUAAAACUUAAUGAUGCCAUUUGUGACACUGAACACAGACCAUAUCAGGAUAUUAGAAUAACCCACACUGUAGUUUUGGAGGAUCCAUUUGAUGAUCCCCCAGGACUCUCAGUUCCUGAUAGAUCUCCUGAGCCGACUAAAGAGAACAUGGCUAAUGGACGCAUAGCUCCGGAUGAGGAGAUUGAUGAUACUGCUGGACGAUCUGCUGCAGAAAUAGAAGAAAUGGUGAAGCAACGAGAAGCUCAGGCUCGUGCUACAAUUCUAGAAAUGGUUGGUGACCUCCCUGAUGCUGACGUUGCCCCACCAGAAAAUGUGUUGUUUGUUUGCAAACUUAAUCCUGUGACAAGUGAUGAUGACUUGGAGAUUAUCUUCAGUAGAUUUGGCAAGAUUAACAGUUGUGAAGUUAUUCGUGACAAAACAACUGGUGACAGUUUGCAAUAUGCUUUUAUAGAGUUUGAUGAAAAGAAAUCUUGUGAAGAUGCAUAUUUUAAAAUGGACAAUGUUUUGAUUGAUGACCGACGAAUUCAUGUAGAUUUCAGUCAGUCUGUGUCCAAAUAUCGCUGGCUUGGGAAGGGAAGAGGCGUAAAAAUUAUGGAUUCAACUGACACUCAAGUAAAGAAGGAAGAGAAAGACCCAAAUGCUGCAAAGGAGAACUCUAAGUUUCGUGGUUCAGAUCGACGAGACUACAGGGAAGACCGAGAUAGGAACAGAGACAGAGAUAGAGAUAGGGGUCGAGAUAGAGAGAGAGAUCGUGACCGAGAAAGAGACAGGGACAGAGAACGUGACCGAGACCGAGAACGUGAUCGGGAAAGGGAAAAGGAUCGUGAGCGUGAAAGAGAACGAGAACGAGAUCGGGACAGAGGGAGAGAAAAAGGAAGGGAUCGAGAACGAGACCGUGAUCGUGAAAGAGAUCGGGAUCGAGAACGUGACCGUGAACGUGACCGAAGAGAUCACAGGGAAAGUAGAGACAGCAGAAGUUACAAAGAUCAUAGUAGGGAUCAUUCAUCUCGAGACUCUGAAAGAAAUGGUCAUCGUAGCUAUGAGGUGGAAAAAGAUAGGAAAAGAAGAGAUGAUCGUAGAGAUGACAGAGAGAAAGAAGAGUCUGGGAGAGAGAAAAAAACACCUGUUCUUAAAAAAGAUGACGAUUUUGAGAAGCAUACAGACGUUAGUAGAGAGGACUAUAGAGAUGAGAGUGAAUCAAGGGAAAGAAAGAGGCCAUCUGGUGACUCAGAAAAUACUGAAGUUCCUAAAAGCAAACACAGAAAAGAUGAAGAAAUUCUGAAGGAUGAUAAUGAGAAAAAACAUGGAAAAGGGUCUCAUGAUCGUUCCCCAAGUAGAGCGGCAAGUAAUAGUAGUGGCAGUAAUAGGGGUCAGCAUCCUUCUCCUGGAAUGGAUGAGUGCCUGAAGAAAAAGGCAAGUACAACAAACAACGAAUCUCCUUGCAAUGAUUCCCACAAAAUAUCAAAAAAUUCCAGAGAGAUUGCUCUUCACAAUGAAACAGAUCAAGGAAAAUCUGCAAGAUCAGGUUUGACUGUCCCUACCAUUAACUCUGUAACAACAUUAAAUACAAGGGAAAGAUCUAAUAGCUUAGAGGUAGCACACAAAAGAAGAGAAUCCCAGGACAGUAUUAACAGGAAAGUUUCUAAACCGAUUGAGAAGGAAAAUUCUGGCCAAAAGACAGAAGCUUCUGUUAAAGAAGUUCAUAAGGUAGAUAGUACAUCAAGAAUUGAGCAGUCUGAUUUAAAAAUACAUUCAAGACAAGAAAAAUCAGAAAAAAAGAUUAGUAAGGACGAAAAGGUGAAGAAAGCUGAAUUAAAUAAUGAUUCUAUAAAUGACGGUAAUGCUAAGAAAAAAGCUGCACUAGAUGACAAACCCAAAAAAAAGAAGAAACGCAACAAAAGUACAAGCAGUAGUGCUUCUAGUGACACCUCUUCAUCAAGUAGUGAAUCAAGUGACAGUUCUGAGUCCAGCUCAUCAGAUUCCGAUCACAAAUCUAAAUCCAGACGAAAGAAGAAAAGGAAAGUAGUUGUGUCAACUAAAUCUAAAAAGAAACCGAAAAUUGUUAAAGUUCUGAAAAAGAAAAGGAAAAGGGAAACAGAAUCUGAUUCCUCCUCUGAUGAUUCAACCAGCAGUGAUGACCACCGUUCUUCAAAGAAGAAACAUAGGAAAAAGAAUAGAAAGAAAGUGGAGAAAGUCGUUGUGGUAAAGAGGAAAAGAAAGCAUUCAACAUCAGAUGAAUCUGAUUCAGAUAGUGAAUCCUCAGGGUCAUCUAGUAGUUCAGAUGAAAAGUCUAGUGUCAGGAAGAAGAGGAGAAAGGAGAAUGAGAAGAAAUCUAAGAAAAAAAACAGAAAACAACUUAGUGGGAAGAAAAAAAAUGGUAUACAGAAGAAGCGGAAGAAGAGCCACAGGGUGAAAAAUAGUGAAACAUCUAGCAGUGGUUCUUCGGACACUGAUGAAAAUAACAGUGCAAAACUUCUUGUACCUGACUGAUUUUUUAAUAUGUUUUUGAACUCCUUGUUUCUCACAUGUAAUGAAAUGAAAUUUAGUUGUAUAGUACUUGGCAGUGCAAUGUAAGGCGAAAGAGUAUGCCAUAAUUAUUCUACUUAAAUUUGAGUAUUGUUAGUGACUUUUUAGUUUAAGUUUCUAACAACCGAAUAAUGAUAAAUUUGGUUGGUGGAGUACCUAACAGAGCUCUUCUAUUGACCUAGUUGGAAAAAUGAAAUUUGCAGUUUGUGGCAGUUUCCAACUUAUCAGAGCUAGCUUCUAAAGAGUACUAGCUGUGUUCACAUUGCUGAGGAUGUACUUAAGUUGAUGUCUCAUCAUUCAAAAUUAACAGAUGCUCAGCUAUCAAAUUCCUGAAGAUAUUUUAAGUCUCAUAAGCUGUGUAACAGUUUUUGUACAUUUUAUUAUUUCUUUGUUCAUAAGUGCAGCUACCAGUUUCAUAGAUCAGUUGUUUCCAUGUCUGAAGGAAAUGUUACAAAUCAUGAUCAUCACUUUUGUAAUUUUAUUUUAGAUAGUAAAAAUUAUUUCUAUAAAUUGUUUUGUUUGAAA